AUGUCGUCGGCACGGACGGAGCGGCGCCAAGCAUUGAACGCUGUGCGUGCUGCCGGCGGCACUCCCAGGCCCCGAGCCAGAGCCCCGACCGUCUCUGGCGUUCCAUGCGACUGGGACUACCUGCGAGGCGUGUGGGUUCGGCCGGAUGGCGACGACUACGAUGCGAGAGUGGCAAAGGCAGAGAGGGCGGAGGAGCUGCGGUGGCGGGCGAUGCAGAGUGACGGCGACCCGCACCUCGCGUGGGCACACGAAAAUGGCCUCGUGGGUCGAGAGCGUAUCAAUCGGUCAGAUGAGGCUGGAGACUUCACCGGGCUGACUCGGCCGACUCGGAAUCUCUUCCGGACCGCGAGGGCGUACCGUGAAUGGGCUCGUGAGCUGUCCGACACGGAUGCCACAUGGGAGGCCUUUGAGAGGAUGCGGCAGGCAAGAUGGAAUGCCCGCCACCGUGCAUUGCACGCUGGGCAGCGCGACCACAACGUCGAGGGCGCAGGCCGGCUGCUGCCGUGCGAGACGACGGCGCUGGAUUCGUCGCGCGUGCAGCAGCGUGCAGCCCGCCAGGCGCGACAGCCUGCCAUUGUCUAA